UCCCAAUUUCCCAUUUUUAUUUGUGAUGGUUAAAACACUACAAGAAAAUCUAGUUUUUCCAACGCCAUAUUUCGUUGCUGAAAUUUAGCAAUCCGUUGGUAAAUGCAUUUGCCAACAGAUUUGUCACCAAAACAAGAUGGAUGGAAAAACCUUUGUCGCUAAUUAAUUCCCUACGAAUAUUUUCAUUUGUUGGUAAAAUACCAACAGAUUACACACUAUUUGCCAACAAAAUUUCUACUUAGUUUGACCAAAUAAGGUGAUGAAAGAGCCACUAUUUACUAACGAGUUAUGUGUUGGCAAUUUGCCAACAAAAUUGUUUUUGCUAAAUUACCAAUGAAUAUUUUGUUAGUGAAUCAUUAAUAAAUUUUUAUAAGAUUUUUGUUAUUCCGUGACUAAUUUGUUGGCAGAAUCAUCAAUUUUGGUAAGCAUUUUGAUGGUGAUUUUGUCUAAAAUCAAUUAGUAUACCGUGGAAAUUGUUACAAAUUUUGUUUCUAAUAAUUAAUAUACCUUUUAUAUUUUUUUAAUACAAAUUUGUCAUUAAUUAUUUUUAUUUAAACUAAAGGCAUAUUGAGAUAUAGAAAAAUAUAAAUAAUAAGCAGCAGUGCACAUUAAAAAAAUAACCAUCCUACAUCAUCUGAAUGUCUUGCCUACCAAUGAUAAACUAAAAAAUUAAAAAUUAAAAAAAGAAAAGAAAACCUGCAUCCUAGGAAUCUCUAGCCAUUACUAAUAAACAAACUGCACUGCAUAAUAAAAGAUGCCGAUUAUCUCAGCUAUGACUAUCUCCAUCAGCCAUUGGCAAAUCUGGACGUCGUCCUGAUCGUUCCUCCAUAAAUACUAGGCGAUUCUCCACUGCUUUUAAGUGAACCUGAUGUUGCUCAUUCAUAGUUUUCACCAAUUCCUUCAUUUUUUUUAACUCAGCUUGCAUCUUCUCAUACUCUUCAGAAUUAGUAUGAUGAGCAGGUGUAUUGUUCUGGAUUUUAUCUGACCCAUAAAAGAUAGAGUGUGAAGAUCCAAUUCCAUAAACUGUAUUUUUCUUGUUCUUCCCUCCAACUGCCUCAAGAUAUAUCAUAUUCUCAUCAAUAGGCUCUGCAACAGAUGACCCUUCAACAUCCUCAGAAUAUUUCUUGUAAAGAGUAUCAAAAGUUUCCUGUCAUAAUAUACAUACAAAUUACUAAAAUAAAAAAAGAAGCUUAAACACUAGAAGUAAACAUAAAAUGAUUCAUGAUCCAGAAUCUGGUUGUGGCAUAUUGUAUAAAAUGCACGCUGCCUAAUAUUAGAUUCCUUAGUCUUCAAUGUCCAACUAAACCCCAAAGAUCCAGUAGAGUAUAACAAAGUUAUAAAAUAUUAGUAAACUAUAUAUUUUCAUUGAAAUUUUAGGUACUUACAUUUAUCUUUCAACUUUUUGGGUCAUUAAAAGUCUUGUUGUCGUUACCCUGAGAGUGAGUAUGCUUAAAGACCUCAGCUGCUGAUGGCUUUCUCUUUAGCUUCUCAUCCUGUAAUUUAAAUUUAAGAUCAAUCAAUUAUUAAUGUGCAAAAACCCACAAUAAAAAUAAUUUAAUAUAUCAUCUAUACUAAAAUUAAAUUAUAAUAUAAUACAAAGAAGAGUAAUAAGCAUGAGCAUGCAAAAUUAUAACAGAGUAAUUGUUCUAUUCCGCAACUUUAUGUCUUAGUGAGAUAUUUCCAACUAGCAAGUUAAUUGUUAAUAUAAUAUUGGAAGAGCACACUAAAAAAGUAUAUAGAAAUAGAUUGCAAAAUAGAAUUAUAUUGUGAAAUUUUAAAUCAAAUUGCAAAUUAUAGAGCAAUAGUAUUAGUACUCAACACAGAGUAUAAUUUAUAAUAACUGAAGUAUGCAAUAGUAUUGCGUAAAAAAAUGAUAUCACUGCUAGUAUUAGCACUAGCACUGCAUAAUGACAUACUAGCUAUGUAAACAGGUAAUGCAUAUGCAUAAUAAUUUAUUUGCAUAACUUAAGAAAUACAAGAAAAGUUAACUUUUCGACUAAAAUACAUGGAACAUUACUUACCAGACGGAUUGCGUGUUGUCUAUGAGAAAGUGAACCUCCAGUGUAAGUAGAAUGCUGUCCAUCGACUUCACUAGAACGAUUUUUUUUUCCUGAAUUUCUGAUUUAGCCUGAAAUUCAGGGGUGUUCCAAUAUUCGACCCAACGAAUCCAAACACUGUCACCAAUUUUGUUGUGUCGAUCACUAUUUUCUUCCCAGGCCUUACGUGCACAACAGCAAAGUUCUGAGUAACGCUUUCUUGCACUUUUUAGCCAGGCAGCAUGGACAACUUUGUCUGAUAAGUCUGAACUCCAUACAAAGUGCUUCUGUAAUAAUUAAUUUAGAAAUUAGUAUCAUAAAUAAUUAAAUAAUUGACAUUGUGCGAGAAAUUAUUACCUUAAAUUCCUCAUAAUAAAAUUUCUUAGUUUCCUCAUCAACUGAUUUCCAAUUGAAGCCUGAAGGUUCAAGUCUCUCGUACAUUAUUUGAGUGAUGACACGUGAGCACUUAUUUGAAGGCUCCAGACUAAAAUAUGCAUAAAAGUUAUAUCAGCAAUUUGGAUAUCAUAGUUAAUUUAGACCAGUGCCAAAAAAAAUAUCAUAACUUACACUCCGUCUAUGAAGUCUAGUUUCAUGCGCCCGUCACACACAUCACCAUUUGGUACCAGUUGAAGGCGCAUUCAAUGUCAAAUCUGGUGUCUCCGGCUCGGAUGGAACUGGUGUAUGUGCCCUAUUGUUACUAGCAGAUGAUUGAAUUUUUCUCAUGAUUAUCUGCACAUAGAGACACAAGGCAACUGUUAUGCAACCAGGCUUUUCCGUAAACAAGCCAUCUACAAUUUAAACAUAUCAAAAUAAAGAAAAAGUACCAGGAUGAGGCAAUGUCUUUUCUGACUUCUAAGAGAGACAAAAGGAGUGUUGUCGUGAUGGGGUGUAGUUAAACUCCACUAUAUAAGCCCCACUACUCUUUAGUCUUUACCCGCCCUUCUUUUUAGCCAGAAAAUUAUUGGCCCGCUCUUUUUAUAUUAGAGUCAUUUACCCGCCAAUAUUUUUAGUCCUAAAUAUUUUUUAUAUGUUUAUUUGCUAAUCAUAAAAAUAAUUGUUUCAAUAUUCAUUUGGCACAUUCCACACAUAAUUAGCUGUUGAAAUAAUAGAAUACGGUUUGAUCAUAAUAUAUAUAAUAACAUAAUUAAAUAUAUAAAAUAUAAAAUUAUUAGAUAUAAAUACAAAAUUGGAAAAUAAAAUAUUUUCUUUUGUUAAAGUUUAAUAUUUUGAGUUUGUGUUAUAUUAUCGGAAUUUUAUUUUAUUAUAUUAAUAUUUUUAGAGGGAAGAGUAAUAUGUUUAUUAUAUCAAUUUUAGAGGGAAGGGUAAUAUUUUUAUUAAUCGUUAUAUCUCUUAGCCAAAAAAAUUGAUGAUAUAUUUAAGCAAUUAACUUUUAGUUUCAAUAUUAACAUAAAUUAAGAAAAUAAAAUAUAAUAAAAUUGAUUUGUGCUUGAAACGUGGCAUGAAGACAAAUUGCCAAUUACUAUGAUCCAUGGCUCAUUCAUAGAGUAUCACAUUUAAUUUUUAAAUUUUGAAUCCGCCGUAAAUUUAUAACUAAUGAUCAAUAAAUUAAACUAUAAUAUCUUAAACUCUUAAAUUUUUAUUUUUUAAAAUAAAUAUAAAUUAGUUUCAUUAUUUAUGUAGUUAAUUACUUUUAAAAUUUAGUUACAUGUAUAUGUUUAUAUAAAAAAUAGCUUUUAUAUAAUAUUUAAAUAAUUUUUAUAUUUAAAAUAUUUAUCUAAAUAUUUCGGGUGAAGGCCCAAAAUAACUGUUUUUUAAUAGCUGUUGCCCAAAUUAACCAGGGGCGCUACAGGGGCCCAAAUUAACCAGACAAACACGCAUUCAGCAGAUGCGUGUAUCCCAUUCUCCGUAUACGCAUCCAUAAGAUGCGUGAUAUACCCUACCCAAAUUAAGAUAUUCGCAUAUGGGUAAUGCGAGGGUCGACAUACGCAUAUGUCUAAUGCGUUUUCAGUUAAAGUUAUAAAUCAAAUUUGACCAAGGAAACGCAUCCAUCAAAUGCGAAUGUGUGAAUUCGCAUUUAAAUAAUGCGUGUAUCUGUCUGGCAUGCGCAUCCAGGAGAUGCGGUUUUGUGAUUACGCAUUUAAAAAAUGCGUGUAAAGACAUUACUUUACCCUUUUCUUCGUCUGUCUACUACUGCUUAUUCACAAAGAUGUGUCAACACACAUGCUCUGGUACAAUCUUUUACUCUCCUUUGUUUGCUUCAUUAUAAAUUAGAUAUAAGCAUGUAAUUUCUUCAUAUUUUUCUUCCCUUUUCGGCCACGAGUAUUUUGAACCCUAAUUUCAAUAAUGGCUUCUGGUUCUAAUUCAAAUUAUGUGAUGUGUUGGUUGUAUUAUGAUGGUAACAUUAUCAGUAAUAGUGUUAUUGGUUCUACGUACAAUAAAGAUCCUAUUCGAUUUGUGAAGUUGCUCUUCAAUUUGAAGUUUGGAGGAUUAUUGGAUCUUUUGUAUGCAAAAUUGUUUAUUGAUCCGAGUAUGUACAAGUUGAAAGUGCUGCGUAGAGUUUUAAAUACUACGACAAACAAGUUUGUUGUUGCUCCAAUUGUUGAUGAUGACGACGUUGAGUAUAUGUUCGAAUCUUUAGAUGGUUCGGGUAGUAAGGUUCAUGUGGAGCUUUAUGUGGAAAAGAUUCCAAUUGAUACGGUCCAAAAUUCGAAUGAUAUGAUUCAAUGUUCGAAAAUGGGUGAAAGUUCUAAAAAUACUUCAACUUCACACAACUCACAAAGUGUGCAAGGUGAGAAUACUUCAAGCGGUAGUUCAAGUAGGUCACUAUAUAUGUCUCGUGUAGAUAGUGAAGGGAACUCAAGAGGAAGUAGUGAGUUUAGAGAUGAUGAUAUACCUUAUUAUAGAUCAUUUGAUGGCUCGUCAAUGGUAAUUUCAUAUAAGGAGCCAAUUAUGCAAAAGGUUGGUGAUCUGCAUAAUCCAGCAGAGUUGACAAGGGGAAUGGUAUUUAAAACAAAAGAGGAGUUGUUGGAGGUGGUAAAGCGUGUUCAUAUAGCCAAUCAUCAAGAGUUCAAAGUGGUAAGGUCUGAUCCAUUGACUUGGGAUUUGGAAUGCAAAUUGGCAACAACAGGUUGUCCGUGGAAGUUGAGGGCUAGAAAGAGGGCAACACAUAGUUGUUUUGAAAUUAUGUCCACUAAGGGACCGCACACUUGUCUCAAUCAGUCUAUAUCACAAGAUCAUCACAAUUUGAAUUCUACAAAUAUUGCACAAAUCAUUACUGGCCUUAUAGCUGCAGAUCCUUCAGUUUCAGAUAAGGUGUUGGUGUCUACCAUUGUGAAGGAAUUUGGUUAUACACCAUCAAAGAAGAAGGUUAGGGAUGCAAGAAGGAUUGCUACUAAUACAGUUUAUGGGUCUUGGGAGCAGUCGUAUCAGAAACUUCCUUUGUUUUUAAAUGCCCUACAGAUUUCCAAUCCUGGCACACAUAUUGAUUGGUACUUCAAGGAGCAUGACAUGAGACAGCCUAUAUCUGAGGUGGUGAGAUUCAAGCGAGUCUUUUGGACAUUCCAGCCUUGCAUAGAUGCAUUUGCACACUGCAUACCGGUACUUCAGAUUGACGGUACACAUCUAUAUGGAAAGUAUGGUGGGGUCUUGCUUACAGCUACAGCGAUUGAUGGCUUCUACCACCUUCUUCCGGUUGCUUUUGCCAUUGUCGAGGGGGAAAAUGUAGGAAGCUGGACUUGGUUCAUGGAGAGAUUGAGAAGGGUAGUAGUCGCAGAGCGAACAAGAGUGUGUGUCAUUUCUGAUAGACACGCGGGAAUCAUUUCUGCUAUGAAUAACCCUGCAGUUGGUUGGUGUGAGCCACUUGGGCAUCAUAGAUUUUGUGUGAGACACCUAGCAGCUAACUUUGCCAAGAAGUUCAAGAAGAUCAAUUUGAAGGAUAGGGUGGUUGCAAUGUGUAGCCAAUUAACUGUGGCCAAGUCAAAUUUGCAUUGGAAUGCAUUAUUGGCAGUUGAGCCUAGAGCUGAUGAGUGGUUUAGUGAAAUCAACCCAAUACAGUCUACUUUGGCAUAUGAUGGAGGCAAGAGAUAUGGCAUCAUGACCACGAACAUGGCUGAAAGUUGGAACAAUGCCAUUAAAGCUUCGAGAAAACUCCCGAUCACUGCAUUGGUUACUUCCUUAUUUUAUAAGGUGGUCAGCUACUUUGACCAACGCAGGGUGGAGAUUGAGAAACAGAGCAUUAAUGGCAAUGAGUUCACCAAACAUGCAAACCAGAUUCUUGCCAAAUGGAUAAAGCGUGCAAGUGGACAUCAUGUGAGAUUGUUUGAUAGGAAUACUUUGGUAUUUGAGAUUACUACAAUGAAACGUGGUCAAAAAGGUGGGAACAAACAGAUUGUCCAAUUACAUGAUCACAUUUGCACUUGUAACAAGUGGCAAACAUAUCAUAUUCCAUGUUCCCAUGUACUUGCAUGUUGUGCUAAUGUUGGAUUGCAAUACACAAGCUUCAUAGAUGACUGUUACAAGCUAGAGAAUGCAAGAAAAGUUUAUGCAGGGCACUUUCAACCAAUCUUGAAUCAGAGUGACUGGCCUUCGUUGAUAGGUUUUCCAUUGGUGUUGCAUGAUGAUGAGAACGUUACAAAAAAAGCGGGGCGGAGGAAGUCAACAAGGUACAAAAAUGAAAUGGAUUAUCAAGCAUUGGGAAAAGGCAAAGGAACUUCUUGUAGCGGAGCUUCAUCAAGUAUUCCAUAGAUUAUUCUGUUUUUAUUUGUACUAGAAUAUAAGGAUUUAAAGUCUUAGUUUGUAUUUCAAGUAUUGAUGUUUUUAUGGUAGUCACUGCUGUUGGAAUUUAAAUUUGUGGCAGAUUUAUAGACAGUAAUCUAUAAAUCUAUGAAUGGUUAGAACAUGAUGAUGGUCUGCAGAACUUGGUUGAUGAGCCCUGCAAUUGGUAUUUUUAAUAGGCAAAAUUAUAAUUUUUAUA